AUGAGCUUUGGGUUUUUCUUAAUAAAAAAAAUAUGUUACAGCUACAGUGAUCCUCAAUUCUGGCGAGUACGUGUAGGGUCCUCUUUUCGCAGCCGAGGUGGCUUUCUCCAUAAAGUGAAGACUGUGGUCACGCAUCAAGAAUUUGAUAGAUAUUAUUUUACCAACGAUAUAGCGGUCCUGGUCAUCGCUAAAAAGUUUUAUUUUGGCGACACGAUCAAGCAGGCCACGAUUGCCAACAAAGGAACAGAGCUUAUGCAAAAUUCCUUAUGUACCUUGGUAGGAUGGGGAGUCACACAGGUUGGAGGCCAACAAGCAGAUCAACUUCAACUAGCAACACUGUUCACAGUGGAUCAAAUGGAAUGCAGUCUUCGUUAUAAAAGUAUUGGCUCUGUUAUAUCAGAUUCUAUGAUAUGUGCGGGUCAUAUCGAUAUCGAUGGAAUAGAUGGUUGCUUCGGAGAUUCUGGUGGACCAAUAUUUUAUAAAGGUGUAGUUGCAGGCUUGGUGUCCUUUGGAUAUACAUGCGGUAAUCGGUUUUACCCUGGAGUGUACACCAAAGUAUCUUAUUAUGUUGAUUGGAUUGUAAAUGCUAUAAGACGACACAAGUGAUUAUAAAUAAAAACAAAUGAUGUUAUGAGGAGUCAGACUGUGGUCAAAUUGUUCAUUUUAUUAAUAAAUUAUUAACUCUA